AUGGAGUCAUCUUCACUUGCGACAGAUCUAGUUGAUGGGGAUUCAAAAGAGCCUCCUAUGGCCGAGAACGGACCACUAGAAGACACACAACAGAGCAUCGAUCAGCAGGAACCAGGUUCUUUAUCAGGAGUUCCCGUUGCCUCUCUCGAAGGUGGAGCUGAAAAGUCACAAUCUCCAGGAUUGAAAGAGAGUAGUGAAGCUAAGGCUGCACGUCAACAAUUGAAAGAAGAGCAACGACUCCAGAAAGAGCUCAAGAAAGAACAAGACAAACGCGAGCGCGAGCUAAAGCGCGAAAGAGAGAGACAAGAAAAAGAGCUAAAGCGACUCGAGGACAAGGAACGGAAGGAGAAUGAGAAGAAAGAGCGAGAACUGAAGAGAAUUGAGGAAAAACGGAGCCGGGAGCUCAAGAGAGAGCAGGAGAAGCGAGAACGCGAACUACGGAAAGAGGAAGAAAAACGCAAGAAGCUGGAGGAAAAAGCCAAGCGUGAAGAAGAUAAAAAGCAGAAAGAGGAGACCCAAGACAAAAGUCAAACGAAAAUUGCCAGUUUUUUUAAAAAGUCAAACUCUUCCAAAAACGUCGUAGCCACGAAGACCGAUUUUGAAAAAUGGUUUUUACCCUUCUACGUUAAAGAUGGCAUUAUUAUGGGCCACAGCUUUAAACUUUCUCCCGAUUCAUUGAAAAUCUCAAUCUCGCAAAUAGACGCCCAACUUAAGCUUGACGGCUUUCCUGACCAAAGCAAGGAAUGGCUCCAGUCCCAGAGACCCGCGAAAACUGAAGUAUUAGCGAACACGGCUGUGGAACUUGUUCAGCUGAUGACGAGUAAGAACAAGAGCAAUCAGGAACUGGAUCAAAGGCUGCGACAAGUUCCACAACGGUUUAUCAAAUUUUACGAGAAUGUGCGGCCGCCCUACAUCGGAACAUACUCAAAAUGCUUAGAACUCCCCCGUGACAAUCCCUUCGCAACCGAAGGCACUGGUUUCGAUUACGGCUACGAUUCUGAUUGGGAUUGGGUGAACGAGGAGGAAGAAGAUGGCGGCGAUGUGGAAGAUUUGGAAGAUGGAGAGGAUGAAGAUGAGGACGAAGACCUGGACGACGGCACCGAGGACGAAUUCGAUGGGUUUCUGGACCGAGAAGGCUCGCAAGGCCCGCAGGACGGCAAAAAAUUUCUGGGUCCCUUGAUUCCCAUUGUCAAGCUGCGAUCUAAAAUUGGCCAACUAGAUGCUGAGGACCAACAGUACUUCCAAAUGGUCAGCGUUCAAUAUCUUAUUCCGGAAGAACCUUUCCCAAUAAUUCUCAACCAUACACCUCGCACGGCGGCUGUUACCAAGAAAAGACUAUUGGACUUUGACGCUAAAAUUGACGAGAGCACAGGUACCAUGGAUUCCCAAAGUCUGGAUGACACCACUAAGACGUCAAAUCAGACGUCACAAACCAGUCUAAAAAAACCAAAGACAAUAAUAUCAGACCCGCAAACACUCCUCAAAAUUCUCGCAGAGGUUCACGAGAGCACCUUCUCCUUGGGCACAAUCACAGAAAUUCUCCAGAAGAAGCUUCCGAACCAUACUAAAGUUGCCAUUCGUGACACUAUAAAAGAACAUACAACUCGGCCCUCAGUGAAGGCAGGAAGCUCGCGCAAGUGGCUGGUUAAAAACCCUGAAUUUUGGGAUUCGUUAAAGAAAAAGUGA